UAAUCACAUUUCGCAUCCACCAAAGAGACGGAAAAAUGCCGGCAGGACAUGGAGUUCGGGCGAGAACGAGGGAUCUGUUCGCGAGGCCGUUCAGGAAGAAGGGUUACAUUCCACUCUCGACUUACCUAAGGACCUUCAAGGUAGGCGAUUACGUCGAUGUUAAGGUGAAUGGUGCGAUUCACAAGGGUAUGCCUCACAAGUUCUACCAUGGUCGUACUGGUCGCAUCUGGAACGUCACCAAGCGCGCCGUCGGUGUUGAAGUGAACAAACAGAUUGGCAACAGGAUCAUAAGGAAGAGGAUUCAUGUGCGUGUGGAGCAUGUGCAGCAAUCAAGGUGUGCUGAGGAGUUCAAGCUGAGGAAGAAGAAGAACGAUGAGCUCAAAGCUGCAGCCAAAGCCAAUGGUGAGACAAUAAGCACCAAGAGACAGCCUAAAGGACCCAAACCAGGAUUCAUGGUCGAAGGAAUGACCUUGGAGACUGUCACUCCCAUCCCUUACGAUGUUGUCAACGAUCUCAAGGGAGGCUAUUAGUUAUCUGCUUUCUUGUGUGUUUUGGAGCUCUUCCUUCAUAUGUUUUGUAGUGACUUGAAACUUUGUUUUCGACUAAGACAAUGAUUUUAUAACAGGAGUUUGCAGUCCAGAUUUUGUAAGGAUGGUAUAUCAUAUAAUCAUUUUCGUCGUUA